CCUGCUUCUUCCCUGUAGCCAUUUUCUCCCUUAUUCCUUUCUCUGUGUGAGAGCCUGCUCCUUUAGUUCCUGGCUGGGAGGCUGUUGCAGUGUCUGACUGGACAGCAAUCACUCAGAAUGGACUACACACCUGCCUGCCUGUCUCUGUUGCUGCUGUCAAGUCUGUUCGCUCCCUGGCAAGGGGCUGAAGCUCAGUCACGUUUCACCAUAGACAGUGUCACACUCAGUGUGGAUCCCAGUGGCGAGAUAAGCACCGGGACCUUUGUGGACAUGAACUGUCAGGUCAUCGUCAGCCAUGACUCCUCUGUCCCCUUGACACACAGCUUCAACCUCCUGCACAACGAUGUCGUGGUCUUCUCCAAAAACACCACAGAUGAUGCUUUCUUUUACCAGCUCAUGCCGGCCAGGGCUGCCAAUUCGGGCACCUACAUGUGUCGGGUCACAGUUCAGAAUAAGAGCAAAGGAAGCAACUCCAAGAAACUUGUCGUCACAGGUUUACAGACGCCUGUGCUGCUGGUGAACCCUGAGAUGCCAUUUGAGGGGGAGGAGGUGAUGGCAACAUGCCACGCCCUAGAAGAGUCUGGCUCCUUUUACUUUUACUUCUACCAGGACUUUGAGCAGAUCAAGCAGGUGCGGGCAUCGGGGAACAUGGUAGAAACCAAGCUGGAGAUGAAGCAUGCUGGGGACAAACACCUGCACUGCGACUAUGAAAUUGUCAUGAUAGGAAACACUCAGAGGUCCAACAACAGUAAUACGGUCAAAGUCACGGUCAAAGAGCUUUUCAUCACACCUGUCAUGAACAUUCUUCCUGGUGAGAACGUGAUCGAGGGUGACGUUGUGGAUUUUGUCUGUAAAGUGGUGAGUCCCCCAUUUCCUGUGUCGGUCUUCCUGACCAAGGACAAGAAGAUGCUGAAGGAGGCCUCGACUAAUCUUACUCAUCGGCUUAGAGUGCUGGCUGAAGACUCUGGGGAGUACGUAUGCAAAGCAGAAAGAGGCAACUUGCUAAGAGAGGCCUAUAAGAGCAUCAGAGUCAAAGACUUGUUUUCCAAGCCACUCCUAAAGAUGAAGCCCAGAGAGGUGUUUGAGGGAGAGGUUUUCACGCUGAACUGCUCCAGCAAAGACUAUUCCUCUGAGAGAAUCAACAGUGGGGAUGUGAAGUACUCCUUGUACUGGAACCAGGUCCUCCUGACUUCAGGAGGGUACUACAAUGCUACAGCACACCUUUCUCUGAAUGGAAACUACUCCUGCCAGGCCUACGCCCUAGACAGAGGCCAAAACCAGGUCUUUAAAUCCAGCAACCAAAUUGUCCUCAAGGCAAAAGUACCUGUGUCAGUGCCUCGUGUGAGCGUGGUCGGGGACAGAUUGAUCCUAGGCAAGCCCUUCCAGCUCCAGUGUCGGAGUGAAAACGGCAGUCUGCCCAUCACCUACAGUCUGCUGAGCCACCACCGCCAGGUCAAGUCCAGGGUGGUCAACAGCCCCCGGGAUCUUGCCAUCUUCAACUUAACCUCCAUCCACAGUAUUACUGACCUCCAGAGCUUCUCCUGUAAGGCCCAGAACCAUCCCAGUCAGCCCCCCAGAGAGAGCUCGGGAGAGUACCUCAGAAGAAUUGCAAACAUCAUAGUGCCGGUCUCCAAGCCGGAACUAAGCAUGAUGCCGACCAAAGUGGCCGAGGGGCAGGACUUGACCCUGACCUGCACUGUUCAGCGAGGCACACCCCCCAUCACUUACACCUGGUACCACAGUGCCCUGCCCAUGCACUCCAUCACCAUUAACGUCAUGCAGGGAUCAUACAUCAUCAGAAGUGUUGGUCAGGAGCAUGGCGGCGAAUACUACUGCAUCACAAGCAACCCAUCCAAUGACACCGAGAGGAGCGGCUCUCUUAUCGUUGAAGUGAAGUUGGCCCCCUGGAAAAUUUUCCUGAUAGCAGUGUUCUGCAUCUUGCUGACAGUGGCUAUCAUUGUAUUCAUCUUCGUUAAGAAAGGCCUUCUUCCUUUCCGAAGAAAGCGAACAGGGGACCUGUCAGUGAAGCCAGCGAGCACUAAAACAGACGAAACUCUGAGACUGACGCAUGGAACAGGCAUUGAGGCUGCCAACGCCACUCCUGGGGUCAUGGGAAGGAAUGUCUGGAGUGAUAAUGUCUCUGGCUCUGAGUCUGAUGACCAAAGGAGCGAGGGAAUCCCUGAGGUCCCUGACAUAGAGUAUACAGAGGUCCAGCCCCAGGAGGCGGAUCCCGGCAGAGCUCCCGUAAAGAAAGGCACGGAGACAGUGUACAGCGAAGUGCGGAACUCGAUGCAAGGUGUCUUAAAGCCCGAACAAGCUGACAGUCAAGGCUCAGUUGAAUACGCCCAGCUAAACAACCAUGACCAUGAGUCGGAAGAGCAAGAGCAUGAACCAAGCCAGGACCAACAAUGAUAUUUAUUCUCUAAAUUAUUUAGCCCAAAACAGAAGUUGUUUUCACAUGAAGCUUGUUUGGCCUGCAACAAAUUCUUUCUCUAUUUUUACACCUCUUUUUACCCAGCAUGUAACAGUCUUCAGACAAAAUGUAUGCUUUGGUAAUUUUUAAAUAAAACAACAUCGCGUAGUGGGA